AUGUCGCGCUUCCUUGCCGAACCGCUGACGACCAAGAGCUGCGAGCACUUUGCCGCGCCGGGCAUGGCGAUUGGCAAGGCGAGCAUGCAAGGCUGGCGCGACGCAAUGGAGGACGUCGACAUUGUCAAAAUUCCCAUGCACUCGGAUGUACCGGAUACGACGUGCGUUGCUGUGUUUGACGGUCACGGGGGAUCGAAUGUCUCGGCGUACAUUGCAGAGCAGAUUGUAGGAGCGAUCACAGCUACGGAAGCCUUCAAGAAGGACCCCAAGUCCCCCGAGUCACUGGCCGUUGCUCUCUGUGAAGGAUUCAUGGCAGCGGAUGAAAUGCUGAAGACCAAUCCGGAGUAUAAAACGUCGUCGGACGAAACAGGUUCCACGGGUCUGUUUGCGAUCAUCACGCCCAAGGACAUCGUCUGUGCCAAUGUGGGCGACUCGCGAUGCAUUUUGAGCAACUCGAAAGCUCCAGAAGUGCUGCAGCUAUCGGUCGACCACAAGCCAGACUUGGAGUUUGAAAAGCAGCGCAUCGUUGCAGCGGGAGGAACGGUCUUCCGGGGACGCGUGUGCGGCGGUGUAGCGGUCUCACGGAGCUUUGGGGACUUGUGGUUUAAGCGCAACACCGAGUUGAAAGCUCACCAGCAGCUCGUGACGUCGGAGCCUUGUGUGCGUGUGCAUCGGCGGGACGCAGCAGACGAGUUCCUUGUGCUGUGCUGCGACGGUAUCUAUGACGUGAUGAGCAACGACCAGCUGCGCAAGUUUGUCCGCAGCAAGCUGAAAAGCGGCGUGAAGGACCCCAAAGCGAUUGCAGAGACGCUGCUAGAUGAGUGUUUGGCCAAAGGCAGCCGCGACAAUAUGAGCGCUAUCAUUGUACUCUUCGAUGGUGCCUCCAAAAAGUAG